GGAACCAUCUGCGACGGAAUUAAUACCGGAACAGGAGCAAGACCAGCAGUGGCUGACAUUACACUCCAGCUGGGAGACCCUCAAUGCGACCACUUUGCAUGAACUGCUGGUAAAAGGGCAGUCUUGUCGCAGCAGAAGUAAGGUUUCUCUUCUAUGUACUAAACAAGACUGUGGGCGCCGCCCUGCUGCCCGAAUGAAUAAGAGGAUCCUUGGGGGUCGGACAAGUCGCCCUGGAAGGUGGCCCUGGCAGUGUUCCCUGCAGAGUGAGCCCAGUGGGCACAUCUGUGGCUGUGUCCUCAUUGCCAAGAAGUGGGUUCUGACAGUCGCCCACUGCCUUGAGGG